AGUGAGCUGGAAAGAGGAUGCAUCGGUCGCGAUGGCUUCGAUAGCGCUGCUAUUUUACAAUUUCCCUCCAACGUUCGGUAAAGUGGACGUUCGAGAGUUCCUGCAUCUGUUUGGCCUGGAAGUGGACAGGCUGGGCACACGGAGAGGCAGUGUCUGUGCGGUGGUCCUACUCAGCACCGAGGCCGAAGUGCGGUUAGUGAUUGCUCGGCUGCACCAGUUGCUGCUGGGAAAAUACCGGCUAAAAGUGGAGUACUGCGAUGGCAAGAAGAAAGCAAAACUAGCCAGAAAAAGUAAAAUCGAAGCAACCGUUGGAUCAGAAGCCGCCGUGAAGAGACAAAAAGCCAUCGAGAGUGUUUUGCAGAGAGGAGCCAUGCAAACCUUUGAAGGAUUUCCACCGUCAUCGAUACUCUAUCAGUAUCCGAAGAUAUCCCCCGCCACGCUGGACAAUAUAGCGCGAGAGCUCACCUCGAAUGGGGCGUUCUACUAUCAGGUGCUGCAUCUUAUGAACAAAAUGAACCUAAAGCCACCUUUCGCAGUGCAGGACGAGGCACGGAAUACAAACUCAGCGUCUCAGGAGAAUUCCUCUUUGCUACUCGAGGACGAGGAAUCGGAACUCGAGUCAGAACUGGAAUCGGAUACGGAGAAUACUGGGCCGACAAGGAAAAAAGUGAAGCUCAACAGCAGUCUGCCUCUGCCAAAGACUAUGAAAGUGAUGAAUUAUGCGCCUGAUACGCAACCGCAAGUUGUACAAAAUCAGCCCAAACCUUCAAAAUUAAAAAUACACAUUUCCGGGAGUUUUCUGACCUCGGCGGAGAAUGAGAGCGAGCAGGUGGUAAACGCUACUGAACGGCCUGAAGACGCACGAGUUCCCGUACCAACUUCCGAACCAUCAUCUUGUCCACCUACGGACGAGCCAGUCGAUGCCACAGGUUUAACUGUGGAGGAUAUUUUAUCAAACCGAAUUCCCGAAGAGCAGCGGGCAUCGUUAAAUGUAUUCCAAAACUAUGCCGCUGGCGAUCCGUCGGGUAAACUGUACAUAAAAAAUCUCGCCAAACAAGUCACCGAACAGGAUCUGACGCAAAUAUAUCAGCUCUUCCACGACAAAGCCGUUAUCCAGAGUAUCGAUGUAAAGUUGAUGAAAACGGGUCGAAUGAAGGGACAAGCGUUCGUGUCGUUUCUUCCCGUCGAUGAAGAUAGCCCCUCGGAGGUGAAACAAUUUGCCAAAUGUAUCGCUACCGCCCUAUCUGCCACGAAUGGGUACAUCCUGAAGGAUAAACCGAUGGUCGUAUCGUACGCAAAAAAUACAAAAAGCUGAAU